UUUCAUGUUUUCCAAGGAUCACUUGUGCGCUGUGGGCGCGAUUGAACUUUGAACUCUUGGAUUUCACAGGCAGGCAAUGCAAGUGGCCUGCCUGGUCAGCUGACUUCACGCCAGCAAGACGUGAACUUCUAUAAAUGAUUCGUUAGAUAGGUUACAUAUCCGUGAUCAAAGGCUUGAGUCGGCGGGAGGCGCAAAAGGCGACGGGAAUGCUAGCCGCGCGCGCCAACAGAGCCGGAGGAGGCCGCGGAACACGAAGGGCCUCCGAGCACGCGACGAAAGUGCCGCUGAGCAAGAAAUGCAAGCUAGAUAUCAAACGAAAGCACCUCAGAGGCUGCCAGAGCCUCAGAGGCUCGCUGCACGCGGACUCAUACGCCGUCAACCUACAGCUGCAGAUUGACGGGCGAAACCUUCCUGAGGUCUACAAAUGUACUAUCAAGAAGCACGUGAACAAUAAGACGUCGUGCGUGAGCUACCGCCUUCAGGGCACUGGCAUUUACAACCACCUGCGCGGGCUAUACAUGCGCGGUUUCGCUGGUGGUGAGGAGGGCGUGGUGCUGCUAGUGGCGUCUACGGAGGCCGCGCCGGACCUGGCCUAUGAGGACCUGGGGUCGGACGGCGAGGACGACGGCACGAUGGCGGGCGCCGCGCUGGCGAUCGCGCGCGCUGGCAUGGCUGCAGCCGACUCGGACUCGCAGCAACAGGCGCGGAGACCGCAGCGACCACGCCGGCAGCAGAAAAAGCGCCGGCGUGACGACACGGACGAUGAGGAGGAUGACGAGGAGGCAGCGGCGCGGUUAGCACAAGAGGAGGAGGACGAGGAGGAGGAGCAGGGCACCGUGGGGACGUCGGGCCGGGGGCGUGCCGUCGCGAUGGCGGCUGGCCGCGGGCGGGGCGGCAGCUACUCGGCGCAGCGCCGCAGCAAGCACCAGCGGCUCCAGUCGCACCCCGUGCAUUUAGACUCGCUCAGCCCGGGCAGUCCAGAUGCUGCCGACGGCGCCGACGGCGGGGAAGGCAACCCACACGGCCACCACCAUGCCGGCGCCGCAGCCGUGCCCGUGCACAUCCACUCCGACCUGCACCCACACUCGCUGGCGGCUGCGGCCCGACUCGUGCCCCACGCGCACAUGGCCGGUAACAGCAGCGCAAGCGCUGCUGCUGCCGGGCUCGGCGGCGGAGGCAUGGUGCAGGCCUUCGCAGAACCGCUGGAUGCUUUUGGCCGCGGUGGCGUGGACGGAGACGUGGGGCAAGCAGCAGGGCUGGAGGCGAUGGCAGGGCCCUUUGAUGACGUCGCCAUCGGCGUGGGCUUGGGCGUGGGGCUCGGCGGGUUGAGUGGCUUGGCAGACGGCGGCGGCCUGCUGGGCGGCAUGCCCGUGGGCGUGGGUGCCGGUGGCGGCGUGCCGGGCGGGCUGCUGGCGAUGGGGCACCAGGCAGGCGGCAGCGGCGGGGGGGCGGGGCCGGUGCAGGUGCAGGUGCCAGUGGCGGCUGGGACUGUGGCGGUGGCGGACAUGCACCCCAACCUCUUAGGGCCUGGCCCGCAGCACGCAGGCAUUCCAGGCGUGGCCCACGCCGACGAGGGCUUCGGCGGCGGGCCACAUCACCAGCACCAGCAGCCGCACCACCACCACCAGCAGGAGCAGCAUGCGCCGCCCAUGCUUGGGCCUUUGUCGCCGCAGCUGCCGCCACUGAGCCUGUCGCCCUUCUCGCCGCGGCUGAAUGCACUGCUGGGCGUCGGGCCAAAUCGUGGCGGCGCGCACCAGCAUGCGCAGCAAACGGUCAACGCGUUCGGGGCGCCGCUGGAUUUCGACCAGGGGUGGCCGGGCGCGCGUCAACUCAACUACGUCGAUAAUCCGUGGGAGUAGCCGGACUGUGCUAGCGCCCCAGAUCUUAAGAGACGAGUGACAUUAAAAAUGCAAUGAGCGUGUGUUUGUGAUGACUAGUGUACAUCAACUUACAACUGAAUGACAUCAAAACACUCCAGAGCGUGCGUGCGUGUGAAUGUAUCUCAUGUGGCUUUGGUGCGCGGGCCUCUCGCAUUGUUGAAAAGAUUUACGUAGGUCUAGAUAGGCGGCUGCAGGACAGCAGGGAUUUCAUUAGGGACCAGGUUAGCUUGGGCAGUCAAGGCAUCAAUUUCGAUUGCGUAAUACGGUAGAGUUAGAUGUAGUGUACGUGCACAGAAUCAUCAGGAAGCCAGGGCAGGGUUCGGACCUGAGUAUGGGUAUGGAAAGCCUGACCAAGUAGCAAGACCUGUCAACUUGGUCGCGGUUGUUUGCGUACAGGCGUGAUUGUCGCUUCCCCUGUGGCUACAUUGCCUCCACCCGCGUGGUGGCAUGUGCUCGGAAUGCUGUUAUAGCACUUGGGCUGGUGUGGCUAGUGUACAGGCUGGGUCGAGUCGGAGCCCUAGGCAAGAGGCCUGGACAGGUUGCAGGCAGGGCAGGUGGCGACACGGGAGUAGUCAGAGUGUGUGCACGCGUGUCAGGCGCUGCCGGAAAUGCAGGAUAGAUACAGGAGUUAGGCUGAUCAUGAUAAUGUUCGUACGAUGCCGGUGGUAAGAGGCGUGUCAUUGUAACAUCGGGAUUGC